AUGGAUCGGGUGAAAUUCGCGGUUGUUCGGGUGCCCGAAUCGAAAGUCAUCGAAUUUUUCGCUAUCAUUGCUUCAAAGGGAUUCACAGAUGUCGCUUUUGUCAACAGUCUUCAACAAGCCGCUUUCACCAGUUUAGCUGAUGAGCCACCACUUCCAUCGGGUGGCUCACCGGCAAGUCAUCACUCGAAUGCAGGAUUAAAUGGAAUGACAAUAUUACAAUCAUCUCCAUCUCCACCCCCUGCAGCCACAGUAUCCACAAAUAACACGACUCCUCUCAAUUUAUCCGAUCUCUUCCCAGCGGUAUUGGGCCAAGUGGCGAAUGGCCGAGAUGUAUCCCCAUUUGGUGAUGCUGGACUGUUACAUGAUGAAGUCGAAGAGGGAAGAGGAAGGCCAUAUCAUCAACGAAUGAAGGGAUGGCAGAGAACAUAUCUAUCAGAAAUGUUAAAAGAGGGAUAUCCAAGCGAUGAAAGAUUACAUGAAGCAAUGCUGAAAUGUGAUUUGUCGAGGAGACAGAUCCUUCGUUUCAUUAGCAAACGUGUGAACAAUCCGAAUAAAGGUUUGCGAACAGAUUGGAGAGCGGCAAAAGCACAUGAUAAUGAGAAAAUGAUUGGUGAUGAAACGAAAGAAGAAAUUUUGGAAUCA